CUGCGCGGGGCCGCCUCUCUAGCUCCCAGCUCCGCAGGCGGCCCGCGGGCUCCGACAGCUGCGCCCACAGCCGGAGGCGGAGGCAGCCGCUGACCCCAGGCCCGGCGGCCCGCGCGACCUUCGGAACAUGGCAACCUGGGCGGCUUGUCCUGGAAGAAGACGUUAGCUGAUGUGAGGCCUGAGAAAGCGGCGUGUCAUUUCUGCGGGUACUUCAUGGUGUUCUCCUCUGCCCUGUGCACCUGCUGCUCCGCGCGACUCCUGAACCAUGGGAGAAAACGAGGACGAGAAGCAGGCCCAGGCAGGCCAGGUUUUCGAGAACUUCGUCCAGGCUUCCACGUGCAAAGGUACCCUGCAGGCCUUCAACAUCCUCACCCGUCAGCUGGACCUAGACCCUCUGGACCACAGAAACUUCUACUCCAAGCUCAAGUCCAAGGUGACCACAUGGAAGGCCAAAGCCCUGUGGUACAAAUUGGACAAGCGUGGCUCCCACAAGGAGUAUAAGCGGGGGAAGUCGUGCAUGAACACCAAGUGUCUCAUCAUUGGGGGAGGGCCGUGCGGCUUGCGCACUGCCAUUGAACUUGCCUUCCUGGGAGCCAAAGUGGUUGUGGUGGAAAAGAGGGACACCUUCUCCCGGAACAACGUGCUGCACCUCUGGCCGUUCACCAUCCACGACCUGCGAGGCCUGGGAGCCAAGAAGUUCUACGGGAAGUUCUGUGCUGGCUCCAUCGACCACAUCAGUAUUCGUCAGCUGCAGCUCAUCCUGUUUAAGGUGGCGCUGAUGUUGGGCGUGGAAAUCCAUGUGAACGUGGAGUUCGUGAAAGUUCUGGAGCCUCCUGAAGAUCAGGAAAACCAAAAAAUCGGCUGGCGGGCAGAAUUCCUCCCCGCCGACCACGCCCUGUCGGACUUCGAGUUUGAUGUCAUCAUUGGUGCUGAUGGCCGCAGGAACACCCUGGAAGGAUUCAGAAGGAAAGAAUUCCGUGGGAAGCUGGCCAUCGCGAUCACCGCCAACUUCAUCAACAGAAACAGCACGGCGGAGGCCAAGGUGGAGGAGAUCAGUGGCGUGGCUUUCAUCUUCAACCAGAAGUUUUUUCAGGACCUUAAAGAAGAAACAGGGAUCGAUCUUGAGAACAUUGUUUACUACAAGGACUGCACCCACUACUUCGUCAUGACCGCCAAAAAGCAGAGCCUGAUCGACAAAGGGGUCAUCAUUAAGGACUGCCUGGACACAGAGAUGCUGCUGUGUGCGGAGAACGUGAACCAGGACAACCUGCUGUCCUAUGCCCGGGAAGCCGCGGACUUCGCCACCAACUACCAGCUGCCGUCCUUAGACUUCGCCAUGAACCACUACGGGCAGCCUGACGUGGCCAUGUUCGACUUCACCUCCAUGUACGCUUCGGAGAACGCGGCCCUGGUGCGCGAGCGCCAGGCACACCGGCUCCUCGUGGCCCUCGUGGGCGACAGCUUGCUUGAGCCAUUCUGGCCCAUGGGCACCGGCUGUGCUCGCGGCUUCUUGGCGGCCUUUGACACAGCGUGGAUGGUGAAGGGCUGGGACCAGGGUACCCCACCCCUGGAGCUGCUGGCUGAGAGAGAAAGUCUAUACCGGCUGCUACCUCAAACCACCCCAGAGAACAUCAACAAGAACUUCGAGCAGUACACCUUGGACCCAGGGACGCGUUACCCAAACCUCAACUCGAACUGUGUCAGGCCCCAUCAGGUGAAGCAUUUGUACAUCACUAAGGAGCUGGACCGCUACCCUCUUGAGAGACUGGGCUCAGUGCGGAGAACUGUGGGCCUCUCCAGGCGGGAGUCAGACAUCCGGCCCAGCAAGCUCUUAACCUGGUGCCAGCAGCAGACCGAGGGCUACCAGCACGUCAAUGUCACCGACCUGACCACAUCCUGGCGCAGCGGCCUGGCGCUGUGUGCCAUCAUCCACCGCUUCCGGCCGGAGCUGAUCAAUUUCGACUCCUUGAACGAAGACGACGCAGUGGAGAACAACCAGCUGGCAUUUGAUGUGGCCGAGCGCGAGUUUGGGUUCCCUCCGGUGACCACGGGCAAGGAGAUGGCCUCGGCCCAAGUGCCCGACAAGCUCAGCAUGGUCAUGUACCUCUCCAAGUUCUACGAGCUCUUCCGGGGCGCCCCACUGAGGCCCGUGGAUUCUUGGCGCAAAAACUACGGAGAGAAUGCCGACUUCAGCUUGGCCAAGUCCUCCAUUCCUAAUAACUAUCUCAACCUCACGCUUCCAAGGAAGCGGACGCCGCGGGUGGAUGGCCAACCUGAAGAGAACGACAUGAACAAACGCAGGCGGAAAGGUGUCAACAACCUGGACGAGCCACCAGCCUUUUCCAGCCGGAGCCUGGGCUCCAGUCAGGAGUGUGGCAGCGGUAAGGAAGGCGGCAGUCAGAACAAAGUCAAGUCCAUGGCAAAUCAGCUGCUGGCCAAGUUUGAGGAGAGCACUCGGAACCCCUCGCUCCUGAAGCAGCUGACGGUAGGGAAAGUGUCCAGCGGAAUAGGGGCUGCCGCCGAAGUCCUGGUCAAUCUGUACUUGAACGAUCACAGACCCAAGGCGCAGGCCAGCUCUCCAGACCUGGAGUCUAUGAGGAAGGCGUUUCCCCUGAGCGUGGGCGGCAGUGACACCUGCUACUUCUGUAAGAAGCGCGUGUACGUGAUGGAGCGGCUGAGCGCCGAGGGCCACUUCUUCCACCGCGAGUGCUUCCGCUGCAGCGUCUGCGACACCACCUUGCGCGUGGCCACUUACGCCUUCGACUGUGACGAAGGCAAGUUUUACUGCAAGCCCCACUUCAUUCAUUGUAAAACCAACAGCAAGCAACGGAAGAGACGGGCCGAGCUGAAGCAACAGAGGGAGGAGGAGGGCACGUGGCAAGAGCAGGACACCCCUCAGCGAGACACGCCCACCGAAAGUUCUUGUGCAGCGGCCGCCAUCGGCACUCCAGAAGGCAGCCCCCCAGGUAUCUCCACCUCCUUCUUUUGGAGGGCGCUGGCCUGGCCCCUCAGGCUGCCAGGGGCCCUGCUCGACAUCCCCCGGGGCCUGCUUAACUGGAUUCGGGGACUCCUGCGCGCCGUUGGCCUCCAUGUCAGGGACAAUGCUCACAACUACUGCUACACGUACGAGCUCCUGAGCCUGGGGCUGCCACUCCUUUGGGCGUUCUCCGAGGUGCUGGCCACCAUGUACAGAGAGUCCGAGGAGUCCCUGGAGAGCCUCCGAAGCUGGGUGCUCAGGUGCAUCCCGGCCAAGCUCCAUUGACCCACCCGGCUGCCCGGAGUAUAGAUGGCAGCACGGGUGCCCCGUGCCGUGGCUGUGGCUGGGAAGCCUAGAGUUUGUCCUUCACCUGUUUAGCUCAAAGCCAAAGAGUUUCACACUGGCCGCCUCUGCCUGGCCUCGUUAGGGGGAACACCCGCUCUCGGUGCUAGGCCAGGGACGACAUGAAGGAUGUUUUUUAUAGCUUUUUACAUUUUUUGUACCAAAGCGAGCCAUAUUUCUGGGUUUACAUUUCAAUUUUUUAACUUUUAAUAAGCCAAGAGGGCUUUUUUUUUUUUUUUUCUCUAUGAGUAUCAAUUUGGCUAGACAUGGGUUUGAAGUUCAUUACCGGUUUUUCAAGUCACUUCAGCAGUGCAGUGCGUUCGAGUGGCCACUGCCUGCAAAGUGAUCGAUCUGGGCUUCGACAGACACAGUCGUGUGCCACCUCCUGAACGGUGCCUUUCCGUCUACGUGCCUGGGUGUCACCUGACUAUAGGAGCCAGUUGUUUGCAGUGUGAAAGCGGUAUCCUUCGGCAAGAAAAGAACACAAGGCAGAACAGAAUUAAACCUACAAAAGCACACGGCAGGGUGUGGUUGUCCCUUGUCUGUCCUCCUUUUGUUUUGAAGUCAAAUAGUCGCUCAGAGGUUUUUCCCUGCAAGCAAUGGGAAAACCCUGGGAUUCAACCACACUGCUACCGGCACGCCUUUUCCCUGCCCCACCGUGGGCACUGUGCUGAGAGCCCCUGGGCCCCAACCAUGGAGCACUCCCCGGGGGCAUUUUAGCCCUGGGGCUCCCCGCCUGGCCCUGCAGCCCAGCUGCAGGCUGAACCGAGGUCAUUCAGGGUCCGUCACAGCCAGGCUGAGUGGAGUGGAAGAUGCUGCCCUCUCCCAUGGUGCCCUCUGAGCCUGCGGGUGUGGUUCGCACCCCAGGCUGCUGCGAGGCAGCAUAGCUUACAGAUGUAGUCCACUCAGCUGCUGUGCGUACUGGAUCCAAGCAGGCAGAAGCCAUUUUCACACUGCCUGGGCAAAGGAACGUGACUGACCUCCGGAGAGAGGCUCUGCCGUACCCUGAGCGGCAGGGAUGGCUGGGCAUGCGAGCUUCUGGUUGGCUGAUUCAAGAGCAAUUGCGCUAUUAAGGGCAAAACUGAGCCCCGGUCCCACCAGCGGUCUUUGCUGUGGGUAUCCGCACGAGUCCUCAGCUCUCCCCACUCCACUCUGCCGGGUCGUGCACAGCUGCAGGGUCCGUUGAGCAAUCGAGAGGCUGAUAGAGGAAGGCCUCCAAGGGGGCUCCCCAUGUCCAUACUUGCAGGGCCCAAGAUAGCACCAUGUGGUUGUUAUCAUAGAGAAUCCUCUAGAUUAACAAGGCGGGCAAGCCCGGCAUGUGUGCAGAGCCAGAGCUCCUGGGGAGAAAGGGCUGGGGAGGCUGUGUGUCCACGCACACGUCCUGCAAGUCCUCAGGAAGAACGGGCAUGGCCUUGGCCGAGCCCGUGGGAACCAGAGCCUCUGUUCUUGUUGGAACUGCACUCAGUCCAGUGACUUGCCCUGUGCCCUGUGUUGUCCCGGGUUUUUGCUAGGAUUUUAAUGUCCAAUGUGUCGGGAGGAGCCCUUGAUAGCUUUUAUGUUUCAUGAUAAGAAAGUAUACUUUUGAGGGCGUGACAUGAACAGCCAUGUGGUUGAGACUAUCAUCCGCUCAGGGUGGGCUGAGAUGUUUUCUGGAAUGUUCCAUGCAGCCUAAGUGGAAUCUUUUAAGAAUGUAUUCAAAGGCCCCAGGGAGACUGGUUUGCAUUACUCUGGCAGACAGGGUGUGCCGGUCACAAGACUGAGACGUCUGUAUGUUCUGAGAACUGGAACCUCCCUGGUGGGCAGACCCAACACGGGGUGGGUCCUGAGGGGAGACCCUCGAAGCCUGCACCAUGUAUUGGAGAAUGCACAUGAGACCCUAGAAUAAAACGGGGCCGGAGGGGCUAUGGAGGGCCGGGUGUUCUGAAGGCGUCUCUGGCUCCCCAUGGAGGAGGGUUGGCGACAUGCCAGCCACACGUCGAUCAGUAGCUGGGCCGCCGCGGGAAAUGUGACUUCUCUGGGGGGCGUGUCUUCUGUUUUAACAGUUGCCUUAUUUGCACUUGCACUGCCUUCUCAGAUUGUCACUUGUUUUCUUCCUUCCCGCCUGCACUGAAUUCUCUUUUCUGUCUUUCUCUCUCCUUCCAACCUUACACUGUGGCCGUCAGUUCGUUUCAGCCUCCCAGUGCUCCACCCACUUCUUGGCUGACCCACUUCCGCUCUGAGGUGACUGGUUUUCUUGCCGAUUUUCAGAGAGUGGUACUAACCCCUAACCCGCUGCCUGCACCUGUUCUCCCCGCCACCGGUGGUACUGGUUGCACUAACUGUGAGUGUCUUGCAUACUAACGGACUCAUUCAGUGGCAUGGUUGGGUAACAGCGUGGGGUAGUGUCCAGCCCAAACACCCGUAUCCUGGUUCCACUGCCCUGCAGCCAGCAGCCCGGUCCUCGCCAAGUGCAUGCCCUGCCUCUCCUCUGUUCCCUGGGCCAGUCUCCGUGCCUGUUUCCCCACCUGUGCCUGCACAGCCUCGUACCUCAUUGGGGGGGUUAACCCUGAUUGUGAGACAGAACCGCAUAGGGAGGUCUUCUUCUCCUUAGAAAUGAUGCUUUGGUCUAGCAGCCACCAAAAAAGCUCGUGCGUACCUGCCUCUUCUCCCUCUGCCUUUGAGAUAAAUACACAUCAAAGCCGUGGGUGACUCUUCUAGGAGGGGUUUGACCCACAUUCCGUGUUCUCAGGAUGGAAUCACGGUGAUUCUAGCAAAUCCUUUCUUGCAGCCGGCCCUAGAGCCCAGGGUUUUGCUGUGGUGCUUCCUGUCUGCCUUGGCACGUAACUCCCCGGGACCCUCCCCCAAGAGCAGACACCAUCAGGCAAGAAUGGCUUUGGGAGAUGACUCAGCCCGACCCCAGGCCUGCCGCCGCCAGUUUUAAGACCCCUGUGGCUCUGUUUAAAGCAUACUUUCUUGCUGACCCCCUCGCUGGAGCAGCAGUCUUUGACGAGAAGCAACACACCAAGUAACCCUGGAGCUGUUGUAGGCCAGGCCUCGUGGUGUCUGUCUCGCACGUGCCCAGAGCUAUCCCAGCCUCCUGGCCUGUCCAGCCCUGCAUGUUGCAUCCUUGCCGCGUGUGUGUGCAGAGCCUGGCCAGUACCAAGUCGUUGCUCUUGUCCUGUCUUCUCUUUCAGAGUCUCCCUCCCCUUCUAGAAUGUCAACCAAAGAGUGCCCUCUCCCCUCUGCCUCUGCUUAGCUAGCCUCCCCAUCUCAUCACAAGGCAUGUCCAUGACCUUGGGUAAUCAUUUACAGUGCCACACAGAACCCUGUAUUUUGCACACGGCAAACAAUGUCUAGCUUUAUUUAUGGUAUUUGAUGCUGUAAAUGAAAAAUAAAUAUGGUUCUUUAUAAAGCUCA